CUUUAACACGCUCACCUGAAUGCAAAACUCGACUCCCCGAUCUACCACUGUAUUAUACGGUACACUAGCAAUAUCCACAAUCAGUGCAUUUGGGACGGGACUACACAGUAUUAUCAAAAGAAAACCCAACUAUGGCGCCUUGUCAGCUGGAGCCGCCGUCAACGGUGGCAUUACAGCCGCAACUUUUUUCGGUAUAAGAGAAUACGCUGUUAGCCCAAUAAUAUCCAAAGUAGUGGACGCGGACCAUACCAACAAAUCAUAUACACUUCCAUCUACAUUGUUUGAAUUACGGACAGAGAAGCUCUUAGACUCUGGUUUAAGUGGCUUCGUAACGGGUGGGAUGAUACGAAGUUUAACAUCCGGUCUUCGUGUUGCUUUUCCUGCAGCGUUAACCAUGGGCACAGCCUGUACGGGUCUUCAAUUCCUCUUCAAUCAGCUCAAGAUUUCUCGUCUUCGAUAUCUCUCGGCCCCUCUCACCCUUUCUGAUGACGCUGAAGCUACUCCCUCAACGCUCCCAACGUCCUCACCUCCCGCAUCACCCACACAUACAUCUUUUAAUGAAUCUGAACCUAAUUGGACUACAUCCCUACUCAAAUUUAUCGGAGUCAAACCACUAGCUGAUGAAGAAUAUCUCAGUAAAUUACGUUCUCAGAGGGAAGCAUACUUGAAGAGGAUUGCGGAACUAGAAUCACAAAUAGAUGACGCUAAGACGAGGGAGAACGGAUCCGACUAG